GGGCGUGCUAUAACACAUUGUCAUUAACACGCUAACUUUGAAGCCAUCCGUACCACAGACAGUUAUACAAUAUAAACAGUGUAUAAAUGAUUAUAUAUUUCGGUGACUGAAAUUGGCAGGACAGUUAUCAUUCAGCUCUGACAUGGCAAUAACAGCAGACCACAUACGUGAAAAACUAACCAAGGAACUCGGGGCAGUGCACGUGGAUGUGGAGGAUACCUCUCCCAACAGAUGUGCUGCCAGCUUCAAAGUCCUGGUGGUCUCGUCUCAGUUUGAGGGUAAACCACUGUUACAGAGACACAGGAUGGUGAAUACAUGCCUUGCCGAUGAGUUGAAAGAAAUCCACGCCUUCGAACAGAAGACCCUCACACCAGAGCAGUGGGAGAAACAAAAAUCCAAAUGAUCCAAACCUAUUCCAAUCUGCUUGCCACUCAUACCAUAAAACACGUUUUUUUCUUGCAGUCAAAUACAGAAUUUAUUUAUUCAUCUUUGUAUUAACCCACAUAAAUCAAUCAUCCACUUAAACAUAAACAUUUUGAUGCUGCUGCAAUUGUUUUUUGUUUUUUAUUUUGUGAUCAAUUUGAUCAUAACCGCUGUACUGGGGAGACCUGAGGUGUUAAACUCUUGAAUUAAAUAGAAUAAAAUGAUUUGUUUGACGGUAAAAUGACAAUUUUUUUUACUCGUUUUGCAUGUAGUGUUGUAUUUUCUGUGUAUAAAAUUUAAAAACACCUAGGGGUUCAUAUAUGGGGUUCUGUGUUAAAGGUCUAAACGCAAAGGUAGAGAUUGGUUAUGUGGAUGCUCAUGGAGUAAAGUUAACCAUUUAAAUAAUACAAAUAAGAUAA